GUUCGUCGCGGGUGGACAGGUUUCGCAAACGUUCUUAGUUAAUCGUAUGUGAUAAAUCGAUGGUGUGUGUAUUGCACAUUGAAGAAAGUAACAGAAUUUUCGGAAACACGUCGUAGUAAACAGUGUGCUAGUAAAAAUGUGUUACCAAUAGUUUAGUAAAAAUUAAUGAUGGCAUAGUAAAUACAUCUACAGUAUCGUGAAUUACCAUUAACCCGUGUCUCUUUAGUGCUCUACACAUUAUAGUGCAAUUUGCUCUACGUUAUGGAAAAUAUGAAUUUUUUAAACGAAAGUGAAUCGAAAGUGUAGGCGUAAAAACCAUGAAUAUUUAAGAUCCAAAGUGAAAGUGAAAAAGGGUGCCCACAAAACACAACAUAACCCUCAUAAUCAACCCGAAAAGUGUUACUGUUUUGUUGGGUUAUUUUUCUGAGAACCCGGCACACACCGGCCGACCGGCCAAGGAAGCCCCGAGCCAAGGUGAUCGAUUGCACAAUGUUUGCCGUGCUGAUAAGCUGUACCGCGGCGGUGGUGCUUCUGUCCUCACAAUUCGUGCAUUGUGAGCCGGAACCACAGUUGAAUCUACCCCCAUUGCCACCGUCAGGAGUGGACGGAGGUCGUGCGGUACCGUUCGCUAACGGUGGACCACAGCAGCCACCGCCCAGGGGGCCACCGAGUGACAGUGGUGUUAGUGGUGCGAACGGUGGGUUCGAUCGUAGCCGAAGCGAACGCUUUGGUCCACCGUAUGAUGGCGAUGAUGAGGAGGAGGAGGAAGGGGAACGUCCAAAUUAUCCGCAGCAACCGCAAGGUCGCGCCAACAACGAGUACGAUCGGCGCGAUCGUCCAGAUACGCCUUAUUCCUUCAAUGAUCGCAAUCGAUACGACGGCAAUCGUGGGUUUGAUUCUGAUCAGCGAUCCGGACCGGUCCGAUAUCCCGGUGAUCGCAGUCCCAAUCCGUAUGUGUCCGAUGUGGACAACCCGUUGCUGUACCGCGAUCAGGGUGAACGGAAUCCGAAUCGGUAUGUGUCGGAUGUAGAGAAUCCGCUGCUCUACCGUGACCGGACACCGUACACCCCGAACCGGGAGGACGACCGUAAUCGUUACAAUCCGAACGCACGACCGUACAAUCCCAAUGAUCCAGGAUUCGGGGGACGGAAUCAGGAUCCGGGUUUGCGAAAUCCCGCCUAUAGUGAUCCGAAUCUGCGUGAUCCGAGUUAUCGCGAUCCAAAUCUGCGCGAUCCGAGUUAUCGCGAUCCGAAUCAACGGUACCCCGGGAACGAUCCUGCCUAUCGCGAUCCGUCCCGGUUUCCCGGUGAUCCGGGUUACCGAGAUCCUUACCGCAAUCCGGAGGAGGAACGGUUUCGGGCGGAAAAUGAGCGUCGCUUCCGGGCGGAGACGGAAAAGCUGCGAUCCUUUCUGGCCGAAAUCGAUCGCAAGAGUUCGCUCGAGUGUUCACUGAAUGUGGCGGCCCAGUGGAACUUCGAAACGAACAUCAACGAUGCCACCCAGGUGGAAGCGCUGGCUGCACAGCAACGCUACAACGAUUUUCAGCGCCUACUGUGGGACCAGAUGCGACGAAUCGAUCAAACGAAAAUAUUUGACGACAAACUCUACCGACAAGUGCGCCUAAUGUCAAUCAUCGGUCCAAGUGCCCUGCCACCAGAUCAGCUCGACCGAUACAAUCGCAUAGUGAACGACAUGCUGGCCAUCUUCAAUGGAGCCUCCAUUUGUGCCUACGAGCAACCGUUCGAGUGUGGUUUACGCUUACAGCCUCACCUGAAAGAUAUAAUGGCGAAGAGCCGCGAUUGGAAUGAGCUGCAGUACACAUGGCUCGAAUGGCGCCGGAAGUCGGGACGAAACAUGCGCGAUCUGUUUGAACAACUGGUCGAUCUAACGAACCACGCGGGACGUGUCAAUAACUUCACGGAUGGUUCCGCCUACUGGCAGUUCCCGUACGAAUCGCGUAACUUCCGCGAGGAGAUGGAACAGGUAUGGCGUGAGAUUCUACCAUUGUACGAAAUGAUUCACGCGUACGUGCGGCGCAAGUUGCGUGAGUUUUAUGGCCCGGAUAAGAUCAACAAAAAUGCUCCCCUACCGGAUCACAUCCUCGGUGAUAUGUAUGGGCAGAGCUGGCAGAACAUACUGGACAUUGUGAUACCGUAUCCGGGUCGUAGCUUUCUCGAGGUGACACCCGAGAUGCAGAAGCAGGGUUACAAUCCGUUGGUGAUGUUCCAGAUCGCGGAAGAGUUCUUCGUCUCGAUGAACAUGUCGGCGAUGCCGCCCGACUUUUGGGCCUCGUCGAUACUGACGCAACCACCGGACCGUCCGAUAUUGUGUCAACCCUCAUCGUGGGACUUUUGCACCGGCAAGGACUACCGCAUCAAGAUGUGUACGCAGGUGACGCACAAGGAUUUCAUUACCGUGCACCACGAGAUGGCGCACAUACAGUACUUCCUGAACUAUCGCAACAAUCCGAAGGUGUUCCGCGACGGUGCUAAUCCAGGCUUCCAUGAAGCGAUCGGCGACGCAAUCUCACUCUCGGUGGCAUCGCCGAAGCACCUGCAAAACCUCGGGCUCGUCCAGAAAUCCGUCGAUGAUACGGCGCACGACAUCAACUUCCUGUUUUCGCUGGCCAUGGAGAAGGUGGUGUUUUUACCGUUCGCGCUCGCCCUUGAAGCCUGGCGGUACGAUGUGUUCAGCAAGCGUGUCCGUAAGGAGCAGUACAACUGCCACUGGUGGUUACUCAGGGAAGAGUAUGGCGGUGUAAAGCCACCGGUGCUUCGGUCCGAACUUGACUUUGACCCUGGUUCCAAGUAUCACGUGGCGGCGAAUAUUCCGUACAUCAAGUACUUCUUCUCGAACGUGUUACAGUUUCAAAUCUAUCGCUCACUGUGCACCGCGUCCGGCCAGUACGACCCACGGGAUCCCGACAAGCCGUUGCAUAAGUGUGACAUCUACCGCCAGCCGGCGGCCGGCAACAUUCUCAAGAAGCUGAUGGAACGUGGAGCGUCACAACCGUGGCAACAGGUCCUGCAGGAGGUAAUCGGCGAAGGCCGGCUCGAUGGGUCCGCGUUGCGUGAGUUUUUCCGGCCCCUGGAGGAAUGGCUGCGGAAUGAGAACCUGCGCAACAACGAGUACGUCGGUUGGAUCUACGAUGGUGACUACUGCAAGCACAGCAUCGAGACGGCCAACCUGCAGGUGUACGGUGGGUUCUACAAUGUUGCGGUCCGGCUGCAGCUCACCAGCUGGCUGUUGGUUUCGAUUUCCUGCCUGAUUGGUGCCCUUGUACAUCAUCAGCUUAGCGUCGGUUAAGAUAUGAGGUGUGUGCGCGGUCGAGCGUUUGCACCCCUCUAGAGUAAGAGUAAAAUGCCCUGGGAGGCAUCGUGGAGUAGCAGGUUUUGUUUGUCGAGUAGCAACGUAAUAGAGAGGCAG